CGGAAAUCGCCGAAGCCUCUCCGUUUUUUUCCAGUCAUGGCCUCCGCACCGUUCAUUGUCUUCGGGUAUGGAUCGCUCAUAUUCAAGCCUCCGCCGCAUGCCGUAAGCAGAGAGCCGGGAUUCCUCAAAGGAUACGUGCGCCGGUUUGCACAGGAGUCGCACGACCAUCGGGGCACUCCCGAAAACCCUGGGCGGGUCGUGACACUGGUCCACAAGGAGGACUGGGAUCUGUUCUCUCAAGCCGAUCCGUUCCCUGACGAGGACAUCGUAUGGGGCGUUGCGUACACGAUUGAUCCAGAACACGUAGAUGAAGUUCGCGCAUAUCUCGAUUACCGUGAGAAGGAUGGAUACACGAUGGAGACUAUACCAAUCUACGGGGUCGUCAACGGAGUGGAUGCAGUGGUAAUUCCCAAGGUGUGAGUGCUAUGUCGGGCGCCGAGACAAUCCUUCGUUCAUCGGAUCUGCUGAGCCUCUUUCGGCACUCGCGGAGCGAAUCCACGUCUCUGCUGGACCCUCUGGCCCAAACAAGGAAUAUCUCUUCAACUUGGCCACAGCUGUCCGGGAGCUGGCCCCGGAGUCGAGAGACAGUCACCUGUUCGCCCUGGAGGCUCUGGUCAAAGACUUGGAAGCUCGAGCUGUGCCAUAGCGUUAUCCUCCUGUCUGGUGACCGGUUGUCGAUACCCUUGUAUUACAGAUCACUCGGAAUCACGCUGACUCACCAUCACAUCCCACACAGAAAGGCGAUCAAAUACUGAUGAUCAAAUCAUUCGUUUGUCUUCUUCCUUGUUCUCACUUUUGUUCCCGUUGUGCCACUGUAGCGCCCGUCAGGCCUUUGUUCUUGAUUGCCGUGGCGGUGGGUACAAAAGGACAGAACUGUUUUAAAGAAGGCUAUUACCACUACCACUACGGCUCCCACUCCCACUCUCUGAUGGCUCCCACCCGCCACGCACGACCGACACGCUCGCCGACGAUGACCGACUGCUUCAGCCCUCCCUCGCCACACGCUCCUUCCACGAAGUCUAAGAAUCACGGUCCUUGGCAGACCCCGCUGACGCGGCUGGGCUUGGGGAAGGGCGCGAAGCAGCCGAUGACGAUGACACGCACGAACUUCAUGAACGAUGAGAACAAGACGACGGAGCAGCUCGGGGAUGUGGCGGAGUAUAUCAUGCGCAGACCUUCUGCCGGUGAUACGACCGUGCGCCGUGCCACGAAGAAGAGGACGACGACAAAACCGCCAACGGAGGAGCGGGGGGAUGAGGAUGGGGCAUGUGUGGUGAGGCAGCGGACCGACUCGGAUGCGACAUUGCGCGGUGUGAAAAUUCCGAGGCAGUCUUCGAAGAAAGAGUGUAAGGAUGAAAGAUCCACAACGGAUUGUGUUUCCUUCCCCAAAAGUCCAGAAGUACCCCUACAACUUUCGAGUCACCGGAUUCGAGGCAACGUCUCUGGCGCGCGGCUGCUACCGAACGGGUGCUACGAGCUCGACCCGGAAGAGUACACUCUGUCCAUCCAGUACCACUCUGGACCGCACUUCGAGUUCUGGGACAAUUCAGACAACUAUCUCAUGGUCACCGGGCUCGCUCUGUGUAUCCGACUGCGCGACCCGGACAAAUGGGAUCACAUUCCCCUCGCUAGACCGACGCUCAACGUGGGCGCAAUCCUGUGCACCAGUGCGCCCAUCGUCUGUGCCCCAGCGCACUACCGAAGCUCACCUGCGUCCAAAUUCGCCGUGAGCUACCACGGGACGACGUUGAACCGCGCUCCACCGUCUGAGGAUCCGGCGACGUGGGGAAUCGUCGCCGACUCGGUGUGGAAUAGAGAGCCAGGAUGUACCUCUGGACCGCGCGUCGCGCGGCUUUUAGCGUUCAUGGUACCGAUGCCAACCAAGCUAUUCGACAAGUGCGAGACCAGGGUAUUCGAUGUGAGCGCCUGCGUCAGCUUGAAUGAGAAAUCGAGGCAUAUCGUGUCCUCGAUGGAGCGGAUUACGGUGUCGCAUUUGCAGCGGGAACGAGACAUGUCCUGCAAGUGUACUACCACUAGUACUACAUACACCGAUAGGGGCUGAUGGUUUGAUUCGAAUCGCCUUGUACGAUUUUGGCCUCUUCCGCUCAUCACUUUCACGUAAAUCCGCGCCGCAAGUCUGUUUGCCACGCGCGCCAGAGAGAGAGCAACUCAGGAGCGAUUUCAGGGUCGACCUAAGCUGAAUAUUGAGUGGCAGCGCGGUGUGAACAUGCAUGCUUGACUUACGUCCAGCCAGGACACGACAGCGCGCACUUCGGACAGGACCCGAGAAUAGGCGAAUCGCGCGUCGCCCAGCGCGCCUAACAACUCUGCCGUGGGGACCGAAUUGGAUAGAUGCUCGGUCCAUCGGCGUCGGAUGUACUGAUACGUCGUG